AUGGUUCUGCUAGGUUCAAUAUUUUCACUGGUAAGAUCCCUUACAAGUGAACCAAUGGUAUCCCCACCUGCAGACAAAGUGAUGGAAGAAAAGCAAUUAAAUAUUCAAGACGAGAAGGAGUCAGAUAUACCAACGGUUGAUUCAAAUGUACAUCUUCAAACCCCAGACAUGUCAGAUCAAUCCUGUGAUGAAGCCAAGUUGAAUUCAGAACCUGAUGAAGCAUCAACUACUUGGACUAAAGAUUUGGAAAACGAAUUAAAACAAUUGGCAGGUCAAUCUAUUACUUUCAGUAAAGUAUUGACACAUUUCCCUGGAUUUGAUUGGAAAGAUAUUGGAGAAAAGAUACUAAAAACGAAAAUAAACAACAGUUUAUGGAAAAGAAAAUUAGUGUGUUACGAUCAACUAUUCAAGCAUGAGAAAGCAUUUGUGAUCCGUGCACAUUCAGGAAUUUUAUCCAGAAUCGAUGAUAAGAAACUCAAAUCUUGGAAGAAUCAUGAAAUUGAACAGCUUUUGUGCAAUUUAUAUGAAGAUCUCACUACCGAUGGAGUUAAAGCUUCAUUAACCAACAAGUCUCUUAAACAGGUGGCUGAAGCUAUUCAUGUAGUUGCACAUGUAGUAUCAUGGACACCAAAAGAAUUACAGUUUUUAAUGGAUAAUUUUGAAGAUCAAGAGAACCUUAAAAAAGGUUUAUUUUUCAGAAGUUCUGAUAGUAUCUACAACAAAUUGCGUUUGACAAAUCAGCUUAGCACUACUGCUAAAUCAUCAGGUAAAUCUAAACAUGAAGAUGCAUUAAAUAAAAUUUCCACAUUGCCCAUAAGUUUCUCCAAAGUAAUGGAACAGUUCCCUGCCGGUGAUUGGAAAGAUAUUGCCACAACAUUAUACAAGUUGACUGCUGAUAAUGAAAGCUCCAAUUGGUCGCAGAAGAUUGGUUGUUACUGUCUCGUAAACCAUUUUGACCAAUUCGCACGAGAAGAAAUUGACGAUGAAUUUUUGACUUCCAUUGGAUAUACAAAAAAUGAGUUUAAGAAAUUUAGGAAUAACUUAUGUAAAGCACUUGCUUUGCCAGAAUUCAAAAAGUGGUCUACCAAGGAGUUUGAAGAUUUUUAUUCUUUGUCUUUCCAUGAUCUUACUAGAGAUACAUUACGUCAAAAAUUCCCGAAAAAAAAUUUAACUGAUAUGAAAAAAUUUGUUUCUGUGUUUGAUUCGCAAAGGAACAACUUUAAUUCUGGAGAAAUUACUUACCUUGAACAAAAUUCAGAUGCAAAAAUUUCAGAAUUAAUGUUACACCUUCCUUGUCGUUCUAAGAAAAGUAUUUAUAAAGCAUUGGAUGAUCUUAAUAACCCCGAAUCAGAAGAAAACCCAGUUUUAUUACAACUACUCCAGCAUGAUCUUACAAUAGAUACCAUCAAAGAAAAUUUUCCCGAUGAGGACAUUGAAUCAAUCAUAAAUGAUAUCAAAAAUCACCCGGAAUUUGACAAGGAUAUGUUUACCAAAGGUGAAAAGGAGCUUAUGAAUUCUUUUGUACAUGCAAACAAGAAUGUUGAAGAGUGUUUGAAACAUUUCCCUGUUCGUGAUGAAAAAUCUAUUCGUCGUUUGCAUAAUGAAAGUCAGUAUCUUUCUGGAAGAAAAGUGAAAUUUGAAUCGCCGGAAGAAAGAUUGGCAUAUGAAGCAAAAUGGACUCUAAUAGCAACAGGAAGUUCCAAUAGUAGUCGUUCGAAAAGGGCAUUAAAAAGAUCUGCUGACUUUGAAGAGUUUACGAAAUUAGAACAAGAAGUUGCAGUCAAGCAUAUAAAAAAACCAAAACCAGAGUUAACUGAAGAAGAGUUGGCACUUAGAAGGGAAAAACAAGAGAAAGCACGACUUGCUAGGGAGAGAAAGAAAGAAGAAAGACGUAAACUUAUUGAACUUCGAAAGCUGGAAAAGAAACCCAAACCAAAGAAACAAACAACUUCAAAUGAAUUGAAAGACUUACUUACGGGUGCUGAAUAUUUUCAAUCAACAGUCGGCGAUAGAAAACAAGUUCAAGAAGGAGAAAAGCGUAAGAGAGUCCAGCCAGAACAUUACGAACCUGAAAUUCGUCAUUCUAAUAAUCCAGUUAAGUUAAAAACUACAAAUAGACAAGCAGAAAAGAUCAGGAUCAAAAAAGAGCUACAAAGAAAAGCACGAGCUGAAAAGGAAAAGGAGUUGGCCAUUAAAUCUAAAAACCAGAUCAAACAAUUGAAUUCAAAACGUAAGAAACAACAACUGCAAAAGAGAUCAAAAUCGAAAAUCCCAGAUGAUGAUGAAAUUAUUGCUGAAAUUAAAAGAAUAUAUAAUAUGGAAGCAGAACAGCAGCAAUUAGAUGAUUCUGAAGAGGAAGAAGAAUUUAUUAGUCCGUAUGAUCCUCCUGAUAUUACAUCUGAUUCCUUUGUUAAGUUAAAUGGUCGUCAAUUGUAUGUUUCUGAUUUUUAUUCUGAAGAACCAUCUAUUCCACAACUUGAAUUUGUUCAUAUGGAACAAAAUGAUGAAAACAAUGAAGAUUCAAAGGUUAAAACCAUGUCACCUGGAAAGUCGAUAAUGACAGCUGCUGAUGAUAAAAUCUUGUACGAAGAUAAUUUGGCCCUUGAGAUUGUUACCACACACAUGAGAUCGUAUCGAGACAUGCCAAUUUCCUUCCCACCGAUCCUUGAUCCUGUAACAAAAGAAAUCAAUCCUUUAAAUAUCAUUAAAAUAAGGUUUUUGUUAUAUCCGGAACACACGGAACUGUUUAUACUUGCAUCACCAAAAUCGAAUGAAUUGGAUCCUGUUCAAGAAAUUGCCAAGUUAUUCAUGAUACAAUGUUCGUUAUAUUUCUCCCAUUCAGAAGUCUUGAAGAAUAUCAUAAUGGAAGAUUAUUGUAAAAAGCUUGAAAAUUCCAUUGAAGAGAACGAUUUUGGUGAGUUUAUGGCUGUUAUUGAUAAAUGGAAUCAAUUGGUUUUGAAUCUUUCCCCAAAUACAAGCUCGAGUCAAAAAAUCUUGGAAUCCGGUGAAGAUAUUAACUCCGCUCCUCGAUACUACUUGAAUGAAGAAGAAGUGAAAACACCAACUGUUGCAGAUUUGAAAUUGGAUACUUUUUAUGAAGAAAUCAUGUAUGAAUCAGCUAGUCCUUCCUUCCAGCCAAUUGAAAUCAAAUUUGGAGAUGAUAUUACUGUCCCUGAUACCAAUAAUGAAGUAUCGUAUGAUAAUGUUGAUAUUCCAACAAAUAUUUCCCAGGUAUCUAGAAUUAUUAAACCAGAAGGUUAUAAUACUGAUUUUUUCAAAAGACUUCAGGAAAAGACCGAUGUUUCUAGAUAUACUAUUCAACAAAUACUUCUUCGAAUUUAUUCACGUGUUGUUUCUACAGAUUCUAGGAAAUUACGUUCUUAUAAAGCAUUUACUGCUGAAGUUUAUGGUGAAUUACUUCCUUCAUUUACUAGUGAAGUAUUAGAAAAAGUUAAUUUAUUACCAGGUCAAAAAUUUUAUGAUUUAGGUUCAGGUGUUGGUAAUACCACAUUCCAAGCCGCAUUAGAAUUUGGAGCAUCACCAAGUGGAGGAUGUGAAAUAAUGGAUCAUGCAUCAUAUUUAACUACAUUACAAACAGGAUUAAUUCAAAAACAUUUAUCAGUAUUGGGAUUACGUAAAUUAGAUUUGGAUUUUGAACUUCAUAGUAGUUUUGUUAAUAAUGAAAAGGUAAGACAAAGUUGUUUGGAAUGUAAUGUAUUAAUUAUUAAUAAUUAUUUAUUUGAUGGACCUUUAAAUGCAGAAGUUGGUAGAUUAUUAGUUGGUUUAAAACCAGGUACGAAAAUUAUUAGUUUAAGAAGUUUUAUAAGUCCAAGAUAUAGAGCUACUUUUGAUACUGUUUUUGAUUUUUUAAGAGUUGAAAAACAUGAAAUGAGUGAUGUUUUAUCAGUUAGUUGGACAGCUAAUAAAGUUCCUUAUUAUAUUUCAACUGUUGAAGAAUCUAUCUUGAAAGAAUAUUUAAGUAAAGAAGAAACUGCUGACAUUAGUGAAAGAUCUAAAUCUUCUAGUCCAGUUCAUGAUUUCGGUGGAAACAGAAAUUCAAUGUUGACUCCACCUACUGAUUCUUCAGAACUUGAAAAUUACAAAGAAUAG